AUGCUGACAAAUGGCACUGUCCAGCGCUACCUUGCCGAGGCGCGCUUUGCCGCUGCGACAGCCGAUGCAGUUUCCGAGUGCACGGAGUCCUCGCAGGCCCACGCCUACCUUAGCUCGGUCCUUGGCGAUCUUGAGCGUAUCCUUUCCCAGCUCCCCCACCUGGACAUGGACGAGCGCAUCCAGGUCCAGCCGUACAUCGAGUGGCCCGUACUGGACGAGCUUGCGUACUCGCUUACUGAGGCGAUCCUCAAGAUCGGCACCGCAAUCCCCAGUUUGGCGCCGCGCACGCUGAAGUGCAUUGGCGCUUUCAGCGAUGCACUCGUCGCGCUCUGUUACGACCGCGGCGACACCCGCGCGCUUGUUAUGCGCACCGUGCCGCUUAUGCAUGGCUUUGCACGCGCCGUGCAGUACGUGUCCUUUGCGUACAACACCUCCUUCUUGUUUUCGAUGGUCUCCUCGCUCGGCCGGGUCGCCGCGGACCUUGACUGCAUGCAGCGUCUCGAUGCGGCGCUUGUAUGCCUCCCUUCUCAGCGCGACGCCGCGGCGCAGUGCGCCAUUGCCGACGGUACCAAUUCUGUGCCGCUGGCUGAGACUGCGCGACACGUAAACACGCUCGUCGAGCGCUACCGCACGCUGGGCGUCCCCUUGUCCGGCCGUUUUGUCGCGUGGUGUGCGCUGAGCACGCUAGCCUCCAUCUACGCCCAGCUCCUCUUGGGCGACGUGGUGCGCGGCCAGCCCGCGUACGCACACGCCUGGGCACGUCUUCAGCGAGCCGAGCCGAAGCAGCGCGCUGCGCCGGGCCCACUCGCUGCGCUAGCCCAAGACGUCUACACGCGCACGACUGCGACGGUGCUGCAUACGGCGCAGCAGACUCUUCGUCUGUAUCCCGAGCUGUACGCGCGCGAGCUGCUGAGCACCGCGUGCAAGAUUAUUACGCUGGGCGUCGCGGGCGAAGGUGCGCAAGGCGAGCAGCCCUUUGUGCACGGCAUGUUUUCCGCGCUCCUGAGCGAGCACGCGACGCUGCAGGACCCUCUUGUACAGCGUGCAACGCUGGAGAGUAUCAAUGUGCUCGUGCAUGUGCGCCCGUCGCUUGCGCCGUCGCUCGCCGCACAGCUCCGCGAGUUUGUCCAGCUGCCGCUGCCGCUGUGGGAGGCGGACCUUGCGUCUGGCUCGCCGCUGCUCAGCACUGCCGCCCAGUCGCUUGCACAGUGUGUCUGCGUGAGCGAGCCCGGCCUUGCGCCCUCGCUCAUGUACGCGCUGCUCAACAAUCUCGGCCGCGAGGCGGAUACGUGCGACGCAAAAGGACGCAUCGUCCCGAGCGACCAGGGCGUGGUUGUGGGAAGCACGGUCGCGGUGAUUACCCGCCUCGCGCAAGCGCUCAAGGAUCCGUCGGUGACCGUGCUUGCCAUCACGCUCCUUUUGCAGCGCCUGCAAGGUAGUAUCCGCGCGCACCGCGGCGCAUUGCUCACCCACCUUGCGCCCCUUGCGCUUUCCGCGCCCACCUCGAGCUUUGUGAAUGUGAUGAACUACUUUACCGACGCUGCGCGCACGGCGAUGCGCGAAAAGGAUACACAGCGCCUCGGCGCCGUGCAGUCUGCACAAAUCUUUCUUGCGCGCGGCCUGACGCGCACAGCCGACGAGGCGGCCGCGGAAGCAGAUCGGGUUAUGGGCGAGAAGCACGAGCCGCGCCAGGAGCUCUACUUGAACGAGCUGCUUGCGCUGGGCAUCGAGGCCGGCAUGCGCACCGGCGAUGCGAAGCGCGAUCCUUCGCACGUUCUCAGCGUCGUGCCCAUCCUCGCCGCACUCCUCGCACACCCCGACUUGAAUCCGCACUGGGCUCCGCAGCCGACCCAAGUGUAUCUCUUCCGCAAUCUCUGGACCGUGCUCAGUCUUAACGGCGCCACAGGCCCGCUCACCGCGCCGAUGCCACCCAACGAUCCCUUCUCGAUCAUUGCGCUCAAAACCCCCACACUAAUUCCCGAGAGUGCGGUCAACUACAUCGACGAGGACAUUGAGUACAACUCUGUGCUGAAGCAGGACACGUUCGGCGCUUCCGUCGAGAGUGUGCGCAAUCGCAUUGCACCGGUGCUUGGCGCGCGUCUCGUCGAUGGCCGCAUCCCUCUGUCGCGCCUUGCCUUUUUGCUGGCCGUGCUCGAAGUCGAGUGGCGCCGUAGCGCGGCGGGCCGUCCGUCAAUGAUGCUCUGGUACUUUGCGCACCCUGCCAUCCCCUCUUCUUCGCUCGCCGCGCCGCUGCGUGCCAUGUGCGACCGUACAUUUGCAGCUUAUUUGGUGCACGCGUCGCAGCGCGCCGAGGAGCAUGCACUGGGCGAGCAGGCGAGCGAUGAAGUGCGCAACUUGCUCGUCGGCAUGUGCCACAGUGCGGCCCAUGUGCGUCAGGUCGCGAACGGCUACGUUGAGCGCCUCGUGUCGGCCUUCCCCGAGCUCUUUGGCCGCAUGGAUGUGGUGGUGACGAUGCUGGAGAUGCUCACGAUACUGGCCAAGAGCUGCGACGGCGAGGUAGAGGAUGCCUUUUUGCCCCAGUACUACUUUACCAGCGUCUCGGCAGGCUUUACGCUCGGGCUCAGCGACUCGUAUGCGCUCCGGAAAAACAUCCUGGUGCACGUCUACACCAGCGUGCGCACGCUUCUUUCGCGCGUGCAGUCCGAGAUGCCGCAGGAGCUGAGCAAUGUACUGCUGCGCUACCUGCGCCAUGUAGAGACCCAGCCCAGCUCCGGCACCGACGGACUCGGGAAGAGUGUCGCGCUCGACUUUGCGCGCGGCAUCCCGCCCUCGGAUCCAGCGAGCUUCUCCGCGGUGCGGCACGACGCGUCGGGCAUGCUUACGCGCGACCUCACCGCACAGAGCAUGUUUUACGGCGAGAUCAGGGCGCAGCCCGCGAUCGACUCCAACACGCUCUUGUGCGAGCUUGCGGCGCUCAUCCGGGAAGCCGAGCUCGGCGCGCACCCGCCUAUGGAAAUGUUGCGCACCACGCUCUACCGCGCCGCUGCCCGCCUGCUUUCCGGCGCCGAGAUUCAGUUUAUGCUCCUCCACUACCUCGUCGCGCUGCCUCUUGUCGUGUGCACGAAAGCUGCACUUGCGCUUGCCGUGGAGAUCUGGGGCUGGGUCAUGACGGAGCGCCCCGAGAUGGAAACGAGCGUCAUUAGCGAGAUUCGGUAUGGAUGGGCGCGCACGAUCCGCAAGCGCCAAGGCAUCUACACGCCGCACAUGGCCGCGCGCAAUGCCAUGCACACCAAGAUGAACAUGUCUGCAACAAACCGCGACGAUGUGACGCGCGAGAUGCGCAAAGCCGACACACUCUUUUCCGGCCACGCCCUCGUCCUCCAGCUUCUGUCGGACCGCCUGCAGGCGUCGCGCAGUAGCAACGGCACCCUCGUCACCGUGCUUGUCGGCUUUGUUCAGCGCCUUGUCGAAGCCGCGCCGCUCUUGAGCAACCACGCGCUUUUGCGCGAGACACGCCUCGCGAUGGUGCUCUUCUGCCUGCGUGUCUUGUCGUUUGCGCACCUCGAUGUCCAGGUCGAGUUUCGCCUCCGCGACGGCGUCCUGCGCCUCGGCAUCGACUGGUUUGCCUCCCCGAUCGACUGGACGUACGGCGGAAGCACUCGCCGCGCCCACGCCGAGCUGCAGUUCCUCAAAGACGUGCAGCUGGCGCUGCGCACCGCGACGGUGCGUGCCGACUAUGUGGUCAACACCGCGAGUGUGUCGCAAAGCGGCAAGUACACUGUCCAUUCUGCACAGCCCAUCACGCCGUGGGCGACGCUUGCGCAGGUCAUUGCGCAGGUGCAAAGCAUGAUCCAGACACUGCAGGCGCUCCUGCAGCACGAGGAGAUGCGCCUGGUCGUCUGGCUGCGCCCCACCGUGGACGACCACGCGCGCCCUGUUCACGUCUCGCUCGAGCUUUUGCACACCGCGUGGCGCGUCGAUCCACGCGUCGCAGUGCAGAUUGCCGAGCGCUGGCGGGAUCCCGAGCUGAAGAAGGCGCUCGGCACGCUUGUGCGCCGCGCGCCGCACCGCGCUGUUGACAGCGGUGAGGCGCUCGAGUACGUGAUUGCAGACAAGAUGCAGCUUGCAGCCAAAGACAAAACGGAUCUGCGCUGGCUGCUUGUCUGGGCGCCGGUCACGCCUGUAGCCGCCGUCGAUCUCCUGCAGCCCGACGUGAGUGGAGAUCCGCUGGUGUUGCAGUAUGCCAUGCGCGUCCUGGAGCAGUUUCCUGUGGACACUGUCUUUUUCUACAUUCCCCAGAUUGUGCAGACGCUGCGCGAGGACAAGUAUGGCUACGCUGCGCAGUACAUUCUCAAAACCAGUCUUAUUUCGCAGCUAUUCUGCCACCAGAUCAUCUGGAACAUGAAUGCGAACAAGUACAAGGACGACAAUGCGGAAGUCGAGGACCCGCUCAAACCCACGCUCGACACCAUGGUCGAACGCAUUGUUGCGCAGCUCUCGGGGCCCGCGAAGGAGUUUUACGAGCGCGAAUUUUCCUUCUUUACGGAAGUCACGAGCAUCUCGGGCAAGCUCAAGCCCUACAUCAAGAAGUCCAAGCUCGAGAAGAAGGCCAAGAUCGACGAGGAGAUGGCAAAGGUUACGCUCGAGCACGGCGCCUACCUGCCAUCGAAUCCAGACGGCGUCGUGGUCGAUCUGGACCGCACAUCGGGGCGCCCUUUGCAGUCGCACGCCAAGGCUCCGUUCAUGGCCACCUUUUUGGUGCGCCGCGAGCUCGAGCCGUCGGACGACGCGGAAGAAGAACAGCAAGAGCGCUACCACGACGUGUGGCAGUCGGCCAUCUUCAAGGUCGGCGACGACUGCAGGCAGGAUGUGCUGGCGCUGCAGGUCAUCGCACAGUUCAAGGCCAUCUUUAUGUCGGUCGGCCUCGACGUGUAUUUGGAUCCCUACCGCGUCACGGCCACCGAGCCGGGCUGUGGCGUGAUUGACGUUGUGCCGAACGCGACGUCGCGCGACGAGAUGGGACGCGCCAAGGUGAAUGACCUGCUCACCUUCUUCAAGACACGCUACGGCGGCGAGGAGAGUAUUGCGUUCCAAAAGGCGCGCAUUAAUUUCAUCCAGUCCAUGGCGGCCUACUCGGUCGUGUGCCACAUUCUUCAGAUCCGCGAUCGUCACAAUGGCAAUAUCAUGAUCGACGGCGGAGGCCACGUUAUCCACAUUGACUUUGGGUUCUUGUUUGACAUUGGGCCGGGUGGAAUGCGGUUCGAGCCGUACUCGUUCAAGCUGAGCAUGGAGAUGGUCGCGGUGAUGGGCGGCCACGACUCGCCCGGCUUUGCCAUGUUCGAAGAGCUGGUCGUGAAGGCCUACUUGGCGUGCCGUCCGUACGCCCAUGCUAUUGUUACUACAUGCGGGCUUAUGCUCGGCACAGAUUUGCCUAGCUUCAAGGGGCCUGGCACGAUGGUGCGGCUCAUGGAUCGGUUCAAGCCGCACUUGUCCGAACGCGACGCGGCGCGUCAUGCCGUCUGGCUCGUCAAAGAUGCGUACGGAAAUCGCCGUGCGGUGCUGUACGAUAUGAUCCAGGAGAAGCAGAAUCAUAUUCCGUACAGGCGCUAG